UACGCGGCGUGUGGAGAAGCGGAGGCAGCGCUCAGCUGUCCUGGCGCUCCUCUACGGCUACUCUCCCAGACUUUUUUAACUAAACCAGACGACUUCUUUUUCUCUUUCCUCAUUCGGUUUUUUUUAUUAUUACUAUUUUAUUUUCAGGCUAGGCUGUCCCUCCCCAGUUCCGCUCUUGCUCCCUCUUUCUGGACUCCUCUUGCCUCCCCACGACCUCUCAGUAGCACGCGGGCACCAUGUCCUACUACUCCACUACCAUGCCACCUGCCAGCAGCUCUGCCAAUGGGACUGCCAGCGCGGCCGAGGGCAGCAAGCCAGCCACCAUCCCCACCGUCAUGUUCAUCUUCGGCGUGGUGGGCAACCUCAUCGCUAUUGUGGUGCUCUGCAAGUCCAGGAAGGAGCAGAAGGAGACCACCUUCUACACUCUGGUCUGCGGGCUGGCAGUCACUGACCUACUGGGGACCUGCCUGGUGAGUCCAGUCACUAUUGCCACUUACCUGCAGAAUCGCUGGCCAGGAGGAGUGGCGCUGUGUGAAUACAGCUCCUUCAUCCUUCUCUUCUUUGGACUCUCUGGCCUCAGUAUUAUCUGUGCCAUGUCUAUAGAAAGGUACCUGGCCAUCAACCAUGCCUAUUUCUACAACCAUUAUGUAGAUAAGAAGCUGGCAGGGCUCACGCUCUUUGCCAUCUAUGCCUCCAACGUGCUGUUCUGUGCCCUCCCCAGCAUGGGGCUCGGCAGAUCAACCUUGCAGUACCCUGACACCUGGUGUUUCAUAGACUGGCGAGCAACAAAUGCCACUCAUGCAGCAUACUCAUACAUGUACGCUGGCUUCAGCUCCUUCCUGAUCAUGGUUACGGUGAUCUGCAACAUCCUGGUCUGCGUGGCCCUCAUUCGCAUGCACCGUCAAUUCAUGCGGCGCACAUCGCUGGGGACAGACACCACCUCCAGCCGCUUAUCUGACUUUCGCAGACGCCGGAGCUUCCGUCGAAUGGCCGGAGCAGAGAUCCAGAUGGUUAUUCUGCUCAUUGCCACUUCCCUGGUGGUGGUCAUCUGCUCCAUUCCUCUGGUGGUCCGUGUCUUUGUGAACCAGCUCUACCGGCCCGAAUUAGUGAGAGAUGUGAGGCAAAACCCUGACCUGCAAGCCAUCCGCAUUGCCUCAGUGAACCCCAUUUUGGACCCCUGGGUAUACAUCCUUCUCCGCAAGACUGUGCUCAGCAAAGCCAUUGAGAAGAUCAAAUGUCUCUUCUGCCAAAUUGGAGGAGCUCGGAGGCAGCACUCGGGGAGCAAUUUCAAUUGCGUGGAUGGUCGCAGGACCUCUUCUGCUGUGUCAAGUCAGUCACCCUCUUUCAUCUCACGUGAGCUGCGGGAGAUCAGCAGCACGUCCCAAACACUGCUCUAUCCCCCGGAGUUAAGUGAGAGCAGUGUUGGUGGUCGUGUGCUGCUUCCAGGCCCCAGUGCAAGUUUGGCUCAGUCUGACACUACAUCCGUAAGGACACUGCGCAGCUCAGAGACCUCGGACUCCUCACAGGGGCAGGACUCAGAGAGCAUCCUCCUGGUGAAUGAAACCAGGUCUGGUGGUGGUGGGGCCAGCUCUACGUCCAAGGGCAGCCCCCUCCAGGUCACGUUCCCCACUGAGACAUUGAAUUUAUCAGAGAAGUGUAUAUAGCAACAAAAGGUGUCAACCCUGGUGAUCUUUCCUGGUACAUUGGAAAACUGGUGCAAUAGAUAGGCAUUCUACCUAUUCAAGUGGAAAGGGGAUCAACUAUGCUCCAAAGGGCUAACUUUCUCUUGCCAUGUGAUGGGUACAUUUCUUUUAGACUACUGAGGACUGUGUGGAAUAGACACUGCGUUUUGUGCUGCCAUCAGAAGUUGAUCAAGAUGGGUCUAAUGAGACUGGAAUCACAAACAUGUCUUGUUCUGGGUCACAGGAGAGCUACUGGGCCUCUCAAAAUGGAAAGAUCCAUCACUUUCUUUUUGUUUUUUCCUUUCUUUCUUUCUUUGUUGUUUUUUUUUUGUUUUGUUUUGUUUUGUUUUUUCAUUUAUUCUCUUUCCAAAUCUGGUAGAACUGUGUUUUCCUGUGGCUGCUCAGCUAUCAAGAGUCUAAGGUUCUGGUACUAGAGCAGAAUGUGAGGCAACUACUAGGAACUGGACGGAGCUACUCUGACAGCUGCCUGCAGUAGGAUUUCAAAGUGUCUCACUAAAGCAUGAAAAUGUGAAUUUUUAAUGUUGUGUAUAUAUCAGGUUUGAAAAUAUUUAAAAGUCUAUUCUUCUCUGUGAGAAGGGUUCUUAUUAAUACCAGGUAUAUAGAAAUGAUUGCCAGCCUUCUCUUCCCCAGUAUUUCCUGCUGAUAAGACAUUCUUGGAUUAGAUUUGUUGUCCGUGCUAGAUUCAUGGUUGGUAAGAUAAUUCUUUAGCUGAAAAUAUGUAAACACUUUGAAAUGAAAAUGUAUGUAGUGUUGAGAAAAAAAGAAAACAUAUCUUCAGUUAAGAAUAUUCCUUUUCAGCGUAUGUACAAGCCAGAUUUUAUUUAUGUGCUGAUAAUGUUUCCAUGUAUAAACACAUCUGCUCCUUGCUGAGUACUUCAGCUCACGUCCUGCACACACUUAGGCACACACUUAAUAAUGGCCAUCAGAGUAGCCCUUCUGCUGCCAGGUAAGGACAUAUAGAAGUACUUUAAUAUCAGAGCCUAGAACUUUCAACCCCUGGUUAAUAGUCUUAAUAUUCACUUUAGUUACAGCAUCACUGAUGUAAUAAAGGUAUUUUUUCAUAACAUUUAUCAUUUUACUUUAAAUAGUAAAUAGAAUUUUAUGACUCUGUAAUCUGAUAUUCCACCAAAUAAACGUAUGAAACCAUGGAAGCAGAAUCUUCAUUUAAAAGCAUAAGUUAUAUAGAACCAGCUCCUGGUCUUGCACUCCUUGUACAUUAUUUGUUCCUAGAAUUUUAAUGGAAAAGACAUCACCAAAAACAGCUGUUAACCAGUGACAAAAGGACUUGGUGUUUUAUUUUGUGAGGUUAGAUCUUGUUACAGAAAUACUGUUUACUAGAAUAAUUCUGUACAGAUAUUUGGGGAUGUUUUGUCAAAUACUAAGCAUGUUAUGCUGCUUAAAGUGUUCUUAUGUGAAAUGCUUUAUUGUAAUGAAAAUCUUGAGCCUUAUGUUGAUGACAUGUUUAAGCAGUUGUAUUGACCAGAAUGAUUCAGAGAUCACGAUUAAAUGGAAAUGUUCUGCUUGAGCUCAAAA